AUGCUGCUGCUGCUAUUGCUGCUGCUGUGCGACCGCAGCUACAGCAGCAGCAGCAGCAGCAGCAGCAGCAGCAGUCGUGGCCUGACGCGGAGUGGGAGUUCUGUACAUGGGGAUCUUGGUGCAGAGCAGCAACUUGUGGAGGCAGAGCCAGCAACAAACGAUGCUUCCUCCACAACAGCAACAGCAGCAGCAGCAGCAGCAGCAACAGCAGCAGCAGUUGCUGUACCUGCAGCAGCAGAUCAUGUGCUAGCGUUGCCACGGCGAAUGAAGAUAAGACGGAAACUGUCUCUAAAUGGUUCGCUGCAGCUGCUGCUGCUGGUGCUGCUGGCAAGUUUUUCUAUGCGCUUCUUUCGGGUGUAUAAGCGGCUAGAAGCAGAGAAACGUGAGGCCGCUGCAGCAGCGUUUGCAGAGGAACUUAGAGAGAGGGAAAAAGCAGCACGAGCUGCUGCAGAACAAGAGGAGCAGCUGAAGGAGCAACUGCAGCAGCAGCUGCAGCAGGAGCUGCAGCACCAGCUGCUGCAGCGCAGCAAAAAGAGACUGCAGGACGCAAGACAGGCACGCGAUCGGGUGUAUGCGGAGCUCAUUGUGCAUGCAGAUACAGCACAAGAGAGUGCAGCAGAUACUGUACUGCGUAUGGAUGAGUAUAGGAAAACAGCUGCUAUGUGGGAUGAUUACGGGAGAGGGUUUGCUGAUGCUGCUGCUGCAACUGCUGCAGCUGUUGCUGCUGGGGAUGCAAAGCCACCCGAGGGUCUGCGGCAUUCUGCUGUAGCACUUCUGCAAGAGCUGCGGAACCAAGUUGAUGAGGUGCGACAGGAGGUGCAGCAGCUAGAGCAGCAGCAGAAGGAGGAGAAGGAACAGCUGCGGCGGCAGCAAGGGUUGCUGCUUCUUGCAGGAGAAGCAGAAGGAGAGCAGCCUUCAGCAGCGCAGCGGGAGAUGGUGCUCUUGGAGGCGCGUGCUGCUGCGGGUCCAGCAGCACUGGCACUUCGAGAGAGAGAGACAAAGAAGGAGCAUCUGCUGCAGCAGCAGCAGAUGCAGCAGGAGCAGCAGAUGCUGCAGCAGCAGGUAGAUCGUCUUAAGGAGGAGAAAAGUAAAUUAGAGAAGGAGAGGAAGUUGCUUGCAGAGAGGGAGGCAUUGCUUGAUUCAGCAACAGCAGAUCUUGCUGCUGCUGCUUCUCGUGUGCAGCAGAUGUCUGAUGUUGUUGCGAAGCGGGAAGCAGCAAGAGCAGCAGCAGAAGCAGCAGUUGCAGCAGCAGUAGCUGCAGCAGCUGGUACUGCAGAUAGUGGUAGUACUGCUCUGCUGCCUGUGGAGCAGCACCUGCUGGAGGCUCGUCAGGCGGUGCAGCGGCUAGAAUUAGAGUUUGCUGCUGCUGCAGCAGAAGCAGCAGAUGUAAAAAUGGAGACUCACCGUAUUGACUUAGCAAAGGCAAUGCUUAAAUAUAUUAGGGGUAAAGCUUGGCUAGAUUCUGCUACUACUACUGCUGCACCUGCUGCACCUGCUGCUGAUGAUGCUGGUGAUGGUGCUGCUGCAGCUCCUGAUGCAGCUGGUUCUACUUUAUCUACUGCAGCUGAUGCUCCCGCUACUGCAGAAAAAGAAACUGCAGCAGGUGCAGCAGAUGAUAUGUUCGAUGGUUAUGUAGAACCACUAGAGUUGGAGCGUCGUCAUGCAGGAGUGGUGCAUGCAGAUCGUUUGCUGCAGGAUGUGGCGCAUAAACGCCUGCGCUUAAAAGAAAAUUUGCAGAGAAUAAAAGGAUUAAAAUUAGCAGCAGAGAAAGAUGUUGAAUACUUUAUGAAGGAGUUGGACAGAUACCGCAAGAUGCUAGAGGAAAAACUAUCACCAGGAACAAUCGCAGCAGCAGCAGAAGAAAAGGAAGAUGCAGAAGGAACAACAGAAAAGGGAACAACAACAGCAGAAACAGGAGCAACAGAAGAAGAAAGAGCAGUAACAACACUAACAGAAGAAGGAACAGCAGCAGGACCAUCAAAAGUAGUAACCCCAGAGGAAAGAGCAGCAGCAGCAGCAGCAAGAAUAGAUGGUAUAUCUAUGUAUGGUGUAGCAGAAUUAUGGGGAGUAAAUGAAGAAAGAGACAAAAUAAAAGAUACAAUAGAAACAAUAUUAGAACUGACAUUAAAUUUUAGUGAUAAACAAGUUAUUGAGCUGCUGCAGCAGGAACCUGUUGAGGAUCUGAUAGGGGCACUUGCUGCUGCCUAUCAAGCAAAAAAGGAACAAGAAGAAAAAGAUGAAGGAGAACAAGAAAAAAGAAAAGAUGAAGAUACGGAAGAUACAGGAGGAGAAACAGAAGAAGAAAAAGGGGAAGACGAACAAAAGGAAGAAAACGAAAGAAAAGAACGAGAAAGCGAAAGUGAAGGAAAUGAAGAAGAAGGAGAAAGAGGAGGAGGAAAAGAAAAAGAGGAGGAGGAAGAAGACGGGGAAGCAACGGAUGAUGAUCUUCCUCGUCCUCUUAUUCAUAUUCCUCCUCCUUCUUCUUAUGAUUCAUCUUCUUCUUCCUCUUCUUCGUCUUCUUAUGACUCUAAUUCUCCUCCGGCUGGUGAAUCCAAUUCUUCUUCUCCUCCGUUUUCUUCUCCUGGUUCUUCUCCUACUCCGUCAUCUUCAUCUUCUCCUUCAUCUUCUCCUCCUUCUUCCCUUUCUUCUUCCUCCUCUUCUUCCUCUGCUGCUUCUUCUUUAAUCCUUGAGCUUGAUGAAUAUAAUAAAGAUAAAAAAGGAGAUAAUGAUGAUUAUAAUGAGGAUGCUGAUGAUGAAUCUUAUUAUGCCCCUCCUGUAGAUCCAUCAGAUCUAGCAGCAGAAGCAUUCCCUCUGCUGUAUCAGCAGCAGCAGCAAGCUGCACUCAAUCUUGCAUUUGAUACCGGUGAUCCAGCUGGUGCUGCUGCUGCUGCUGCAGAUGCUGCAGCAGAAAAAAUAGCUGAAGCUUCUGCUUCACUCGUCGCAGAGACUAUACCCAAUGUCCUACAGCUAAAGCGUCACCCUAAGAAAAGCAACGAACAGCAGCAGCAGCAGCAAGAGCAGCGGCAGUAG